AACCGACAGCGUGCAGCUGUUGCCGAGGGAACGCGGGAGCAUCCUUCUCUGGAACUCCGGCAGCUGCUGCCUCGCUGGCUCGGUCGCUCACAGCACACCCUCCCUACUUCAUUUGGCUUCCCGAACUUCGGGUUGUACCCGUUGCCCAUGAUGUCCAUGAGGGCGAGCAAUGUGGUGCAGCCCCAGGACUACAAAGAAGCGGCUGCCCUGGAGAGGGCCAGGCACGCGGAGCUGCAGCUGCAGAGGCGCUUGUUGAACGCCCGGGAGCGGUUGAUAGGGGGAGAUUAUAGCGCUUGGGCCGCCCAGGUUUGCGAUCGGAAGAUGCAAGAAGCCGCUGAGAGAAGGAAGCAGACAAUGAUCGGAGCGGAGAUGAAGCACCAUGACAGCAUCGCCAGCAUCUUGGAAGAGCGUCAGCGCAGGGACAGGCGCAACUUGGAGAAGACCCUGUGCGAGUUCCGGCAGAACUUCCAGAAGCCCGAGGACCGGCAGGACUUUGACUUGUCCGACCCGCUGGCCCUGAAGAAGGACACUCCUGCGCGCGUCUCUGACCAGGACGUCGCGAACCCUGUCUCUGGGAUGCAGAAGUUCGCGGGCGAGGACCAGAAUGCUCAGGAGAGGAAGAAGGCCCAGCAGCUGAUGAACCGGACCUGGGUCCUGGAGCAGCAGAGGGUGUGGGACGACGCUCUGGCCGAGCACAAGCUGGCAGAGGAUGUUUUCCACAAGAGCAUGCUGGAAUUUGACCAGUCCGCCGUGGACCUUCAGAAGCUGGAGCUCGCCGUUAAACGCACGGCGUGUAAGGCUGUGAAGGAUUUCAACAAAAACCAGGUGCUUGAAGAAGUGGAAAGGAAAAGGCUGGAUCACAAAAAAGAAGAGGAAGACAAUAUGGUGGAGAUCACCAACAACCUGCAGAGUAGGUUCCUGUCUGAGGACCAGCUGUACAAGACCAGGCCCUGCAAGGAGGCCAUAACCGAGUGGAAGAGCAUGAAGAAGGAGCAGCUGGAAGAGAUUUUGCAGGUCCAGAAGCAGCAGAUCCAGGACAAGCAGAAAGUUCAAGAGGAGGAGAGGCAACGGGACUUUGAUUGGGAUCAGCGGAGAAUCCAGGAGGCCAGAGCCACCCUCCUGUUUGAGAGGCAGCAACAGCGCAUCAACCGGGAGCUCCGCCGAGCCAUAGAUAAUGAGAACAUGAACUUGGCUAAGGAACAUAAAGACAUGGAAGAUUACCUCAACAAGCAACUCUACAUUAAUCGGCUCACCUCCCAGUUCUUCGACCAGUUUAAUUCAAGUAGUAAAUAAGAAUUCCCAGACACUGACUUCUCAUGUUUCCAAAGAACUUGCUUUUUCAUUAAAAAAAAAAAAAGCUG